AUGGUGCUGCAGCUGCUCCAAACAGAGGCCCUGGAAGAGGCCGAGGGCGUGGUAGAGGCCUCGGUAGAGGCCGUGGCCAUGGUAGAGGGCAAGGACGAGGUAGGGGACAAGCCCAGCCACAAGGGGAUGCUGAAGGGGAACAUCCAGGUGAUGAACCUGCUCAAGUUGCUCAUCCAUUGGAUCAAGACUAACAGAAUAACCAGCAAGGUGUACUACAAGGAAGAAAUGGGACUGUAUGGCAAUAGGCACCUCCUCCAGGUGGACGUCGACAGGCUCAAGACAUCAUUAGGAACCGACCUGGUGUCACUAAUGAAGCUGAAUGUGCAACAACCUCAAAACUGCACUGUGCCCCUUUCAGUCUCAGGAGUAAGCGGCAUACUUGUGUCUUUCAUUCACUCUCUACCUGUACGUACACAAGGUCAAGAUGGUUCAUGCAUCCCUGAAACCAAAGUUCGGAAGAACACUGUUUACACGGCCUCCAGAGAACACCAGUUAAACAUCACGUGCCCUGUGACAUAUUGUAAAGAGAUUCCUGUUUUUAAAUGGUAUAAAAUUGGUGCUAAAAACAAAUAUACAGACAUCAUUGGAUCAAAUCAAGUAAAAAUUGCACAAGAACCAGCAGGGUUGAAUGGCAUCAUCUCAUAUUUGAGCUUCAGGAAAAUAUCAACAGAUGAUACUGGUACUUACAGAUGUAAGAUUUCCACAUCAAACUUUUCAUCAGAAAGCCACAACAUUAAAGUCAAUGUUUCAGACUCCAGUGACCACGCCAAUACAAACAACACCAGUGGAAUUUCAGAUACGGUCUCGGAUGUCCGCUGGCUUCUGUAUGUCUUCAUCUGCUUUGGAAUACCCGGCCUGGCCCUGAUUGUGAUGUUGAUCUCUUUCAUGUGCAUAAAUCGAUGUUUAAGAAAAGCUAACAGCCGCAGACACAAAAAUGCAAGGUUCUCUCCAAAGCCAUUGAGUACCACAACAAAAGGAAAGAUCCAGGAAUUUCCAAAAGAGGAAAAUAACAUCUAUCAUGUACCUUCAGAUGAUUUAUACACAGAGGCUUUGUAUAUACAGAACAAUCAGGAAUGCACACCAGACAUAUGGAAUGGAAACAGGAGUCAUGAUGAAGUACAGCAGAUUGUGUAUGCAACUCAUCAACAACCCACUCCCUGAGAACCUUCUGCAGUCCACCAUCAAGAGGACAGCUAU